AUGGAGAUAACUGCGACUGAAUCAUUUUCGAAAGGAAACGAUUAUUAUUACAUCACGGAAGGAAAUCACCAGUUCCGGCCACUGGAUGUAGGAAAGCUCGCGGACCAUCUCAGGAAUUCUGUUCAAGACUCAGAGCUGCAGGAUCAGGCAAAAUACUCAGGAACCGAACACUCGUAUGUUGUAAUUCUUCUGCCAUUUUUGAAUGUCGUUGAUCAGAAGGCAUGGGAUAUCUUCCGUCUGCUGCCACCGAAACCGGACAAAAUCGGUUACGGAUUCUGGCACGAUGCCAGUCUACAGGUACUCAAACUCUGUACAUUCGUUGUACUAUUUCUACUCACAUUGGGCUCUGCAGUUGUUGCAAAGAGCUUAUUCUUUUUGAUGACGUCGGCGAUCGGAUGGGGUGGCAUGAACAUGACGAUUUGUCGUGACAAAAUUCCAGAAUCGCAAUGGAAUACGGUGCACAUUACGAAUAGGUUGGUCGCCAAGUGGGUUUGGGCUACGUUUUUCGCACUCUCGGCUCCCGAGGCGUUCUGCUUCUUCCGGUCGCUUCAUCGGACCCUCUUCAAAAACGUAAAGCGCCCUACUCUUACGCAGUUCGUCAUCGUGCUGUUCGUCGAAACAUUGCAUGGGAUAGGAGUUGGAGUGCUCGUGUUUCAAAUCCUUCCCGAUUUGGAUGCCAUAUCAGCAACGCAGUUGACAAGUGCAAUAGGUUUUGUCCCAGCCUUGUUGUCACUGUUAAGUCGCCGGCCAUGCCGCGUCGCCUUCGUGCUCAUCGCCAUCGACGUGCUUGCCCUGAUCGCCCAGAGUUCUGGAUUCUGGGUGUUUCCGGUUUACCCUUCAAUUCUGCAGAAGCACUCGGUUGCAAUAACUUGGUGUCUAAUGGUCAUUUCGUUACCAUGGUGGCAGAACUUCGUCCACGUCGACUCCGCAUUUGCAGCGGUUCAAGCCAUGGCCAGAUUUGCUUCUCGACUUUCUGAAAGGAGAUCCAAGACGUACGUAAUUGUCUCGUUGUGGAAAAUCUGCGUUUACCUCCUAUGUAUGACUGUCUUCACGACUUCACGAAUGCGGUUGGACGAUCUACUUCAACGUGAUCCUUUUGGUGAGAAGCUCAUCACCAUCACCGGCCACAACCUCAACAAAUCACAAAUCGACAAAUUCCUCAUCAGAAUGAGUAAAUACGAAGAAUUCGCCAUUGAUGACCAAAGAGUGGUUCGGCUGAAGAGGCAGGUGGACGACGACGACGACGAGCUGCCGUCUGCCUUCAAUGUGUACGAGACGUAUGUCGAGCUAAACCAAUUCACCUCGCCAUACGACGCGCUCUGGAUCAUGGUCGUUCAGGUGUCUGCUGUUUUCCUCUGCUACCAGAGCAGCAUGUUCGCGUGCAAGGUAAUGAUGCAACGUCUGGGAUUCGCACUGCCCAUGGCACUGGCAGUGCCGACCACAGUGUUAGUGCUUUCGAUCACCUGCAUGUUCAGAGCGGCCGACUCCUGCCACCUCACCAACACACUCACUAAGGAGCUGUUUUGGAGGUGUUUUUCCACAUACUCCUCGUUAACGGUCUUCAUCUCUUCGCCACAAACUUGGAUUUGGAUGGGUUGGUUCAUCAGUCAGUGCUGGAUCACUGUGUAUUUGUGGGCCCCUGAACAUGAAAGGCUAGCUAAAAGUGAGAAGCUUUUCGUCCUUCCUUACUUUGUUGGUGCCUUUGUCGAUCAGUCGCUGGCAUUCAAUCGACGACGGGAUGACAGAGCUAAGAUCAGACCAGAGGACCUAGAGUUUGAUCAAGAAAUCACCUCCCUAACGUAUGAGACGGUUCCUGGAACUGGACAUCGUGGACUUAGGCCACCUCCAUCGCUAAGCAGUUUGAGCAGUGGCAAGCUGGAAAACGGCUUGAUGAGGGAUUCGGCAAGCAGUACGGACGCGAUCACGAAGAUCUACGCAUGCGCAACGAUGUGGCACGAGACGCCACUUGAGAUGACGUGCAUGCUGAAGAGCAUCUUCCGCAUGGACGAAGACCAGUGCGCUCGUCGCAAUGCUCAGAAAUACCUCAAGGUGAUCGAUCCCGAUUACUACGAGUUUGAAGCACAUGUCUUCUUCGACGACGCGUUCGAUGUUGACGAGUCCGGCGAUGCAGCGCUUAAUAAAUUCGUGCGGCAGCUCAUCGGUGUGGUCGAUCAGGCAGCUAGCGCAGUCCAUCAGACACAGAUGAGACUGAGACCGCCGAAAAAACUGAGCACGCCAUACGGCGGUCGACUGCAAUACAUACUGCCAGGAAAAAACAGGCUAACUAUUCAUCUCAAAAACAAAAAUAAAAUUCGACAUAGAAAGCGAUGGAGCCAGGUAAUGUACCUUUAUUAUCUGCUGGGUUACAGACUCAUGAUGAAGGUCGACGAGCAGUCCAGAAAGGAGGUAAUUUCCGAGAACACGUUCAUUCUGACACUUGAUGGUGACGUUGAUUUCACACCGCACUGUGUUCACCUCCUUGUUGAUCUGAUGAAGAAGAAUCGGCGGCUCGGUGCUGCUUGCGGUCGAAUUCAUCCUAGAGGAUCCGGCAUCAUGGUAUGGUACCAGAAAUUCGAAUACGCAGUAGGUCACUGGCUCCAAAAGGCUACUGAACACAUGAUCGGCUGUGUGAUGUGCUCGCCUGGUUGCUUCUCCUUAUUUAGAAGUUAUGCUCUGAUGGACGACAAUGUGACCAGGAAAUAUGCCUGCAAAUCUGAAGAGCCAAUAGAUUACAUUCAGUACGAUCAAGGCGAGGACAGAUGGUUGUGUACACUUCUUCUACAGAGAGGCUACAGGGUAGAGUACUGUGCAGCAUCGGAUGCGCUAACUUUCGCUCCAGAAGGUUUCAACGAAUUCUUCAACCAACGAAGACGAUGGAUUCCAUCCACUAUUGCGAACGUCAUCGACCUCUUAAGGGACUAUAAGAACGUUGUGCGUGUGAACGAAAGUAUUUCCAUAUGGUACAUUAUAUAUCAAACAGUGAUGCUGGUUUCAUCGGUGCUCGGCCCGGGCACGAUCUUCCUAAUGGUCGUGGGUGCGAUCUCGAUCUCGUUCAACAUGGAUACAAUUUGGAGUCUGCUCGUCGUUACUCUACCAGUCGUCACGUUCUGCGUUGUUUGUCUCACUGCCAAGCCCGAAAAACAGCUGUUGAUGGCACAAAUAGUUGGAGCGCUAUUCGCCAUGCUGAUGACUGCUGUGUUCGUUGGCACUUCGCUGCAGAUUCAGAAGGACGGAAUUCUUUCACCCCAUUCGAUUUUCCUUUUCACCGUCAUCGGAAGUUUUUUGACUGCGGCAAUCCUUCAUCCACUCGAGUUCACAUGUAUCAUUCCUGGGUUACUCUAUUUCUUGGCGAUUCCUUGUAUGUACAUGCUGCUGCCAAUAUACUCCAUCUGCAAUCUGAACACGGUGUCCUGGGGAACGCGUGAGGAUCCACGACCGCAAGAGAAGAACGAUCUGGCUAAAGUUCCACCUUCGACCACUGCGCCAAAUGCGCCCAUGUGUACGUGUAGUAAACCGAAAACGACAAAAACAUGUAAAAACAUUCAGAUUUGGCGAAUCAAUGAAAAGCUGAAUGAAAUCAGCAAAAAAUUGGAGAGAAUCGAACGGAAGCAACAACAUGGACUAACACGUAGAGCGGAACCAGAAACAAUGGAUUCAGAUGAGGAACAUUUCUGGCUGGACGUCAUCGAAAAGUAUUUGUCACCGCUGACACUCGAUCCCAAGGAACAGGAGCGCAUCCGAGCAGCCCUUAUAGAACUCAGAAACAAGGUGGUUUCAACGUUUUUCAUGGUGAACACGGUCUUUAUCAUCAUUAUACUUGUGCUGCAACUGCAGAAAGAUUGCCUGCAUAUCGAAUGGCCCAUCGGACCCAAGUUCAAUCAUUCUGUACGCCUGUGUAACGGCGAGAAGAAAGAGGAAGUGUGGGUGGUGACCCGACUGCAGUUAGAACCUCUCGGCUUGGUCUUUCUUGUCUUCUUCAUGAGUAUUCUUAUUAUACAGUUUAUCGCGAUGCUUUGUCAUCGUUUCGGCACUCUGGCACACAUCAUCGCCUCCACCGAAUUGUUCUGUUUCCGCAAAACUGUUGGGAAACUAAGCGAGGACGAGCUCGUUGUGCACAAUGCGGUAGAAAUUGCAAGAGAACUGCAAGCGAUUCGAGGCGUUGACGAAAAAAACCACGAAGACAUGCAGAUCGGGCGUCGUCGAGUAGUGCAGAACCUCGAAUCAUUUCGUCUUUCUCUCAUGAAGCGUAGAACAGAAACUCUUGAUGCAGCAUUUAAAAAGAGAUUUUUCGCGCUAUCCAGUGAGGCAGGGGAAAACGGCUUUAUAUCACGAGACAGCGGACGGAGGCUAACUUUAACUAAAGGAACCAUCAGAGCUUUGGAGAAUCGCCGAGAUUCGUUGUAUGGCACGUUCGAAAAGAGGAGUUACCUUGAUAGCCACGGUAAAACAGGACCGAGUCAGUACUUCUAA